UAAAAGUAUAAAAGCUCUGCCUUUUCCUUUGCUCUUCCUACCUGCACAUUCAGGCCCCUAAUAAUUCGGAAUCAUGAAGUGGGUAACAUUCAUUUCUUGCCUUCUCUUAGUAAGCUUUGCUGAAUCAAAACACCUUCCUAGAAAAUACCGAGAUACAGAUGUUCAUGACACAAUCACCAGGGCCUCAGAACUACCGCCUGAUGAUUUUGCAGGAAUUGCCAUGAUCUUAUACUCUCAAUCGGCACAACAAGCCACAUAUGAAGAGGUGCACAAAUUGAUGGAUGACAUUGUUGCACUUGCAAAGAAAUGUGGUGCUGAUGAACACUCAGAUCCUGAAUGUGGAAAACCUUUGCAUACUGUUUUCCUGGAUGAAAUAUGUCAUGAACAAGAAUUUGCUAAUAAACAUGGAUUUAGCGAUUGCUGUGCUAAAGCUGAUGCAGAAAGAAAUGAAUGUUUCUUGGCUCAUAAAAAUGCAACUCCAGGAUUCAUUCCACCUUAUCAAAAGCCAAGUGCUGACGUGGCCUGUGCAAAAUUUGCAGAGAACAAAAAUGAAGUUUUGGGCCACUACAUCUAUGAGGUGAGCAGAAGGAGUCCCUUUGCACCUGUUGCCACAGUCUAUAAAUCAACUGCUGCUUAUGAACAUGUCCUGACUUCUUGCUGCGCAAAAGAGGACAAAGGUGCCUGCUUCCAAGAAGAGGCCCCACCUGUGAAAAAGCAAUUAAUGGAAGACCUUGCUAUACAGAAACACGUCUGCGCUGUCAUGAAAAAAUUUGGAGUAGAAACAAUGCAAGGAUUAAAAAUGGCUCAGUUGUCUCAGAAGUUUCCAAAGGCUUCAUUUGAAACGAUUAGCAAGCUUACAGGAGAUAUUGUACACAUCCAUGAAGAGUGUUGCAAAGGAGAUACACUGGAGAGCAUGCUUGAUCGGGAAAAACUGACGAAAUAUGUCUGCUCUCACCAAAAUGAGAUCUCUUCAAAAUUGUCAGCUUGCUGUGAAAAACCUGUGGUGGAACGAGGAGAAUGCAUAGUCCAUUUGGAGAAUGAUGACAAGCCUGCAGAUCUGUCUGAAACAGUCAGAGAGUUUGUGGAUAACAAAGAAGUGUGCCAACAUUAUGCUGACAAUAAGAACCAGCAUCUGGCAAAGUUUCUGUAUCAGUAUGGAAGGAGACAUCCAGAGCUCUCUCCACAACUGCUUGCAAGAUCUACCAGAGGCUACGAGGAGUUGCUGGAUGAAUGCUGUGCAACUGAGCAUCCUGAAACAUGUCUGCCAAAAGGGGAGGGGCUACUGAAAAAACACAUUUCUGAUACCAUGGAACUUGUGAAGACACGCUGUGACCAUUAUGCUCAAUUGGGAGGCUACCUCUACCAGAACGAACUUCUUGUUGCCUACACCAAGAAAGCACCAGAGCUCUCCUUUAAAGACCUCCAAAAGUACACAGGGCAAUUCAGAGAUGUUGCUGCCAAAUGUUGCAAGAUGGAUGAUGCCCACAGACUGACAUGUGCUGAAGGAUACGCUGAUCUUGCAAUAGGAAGUAUCUGCCAGAGUCAUGAAGAAAAUCACAUCAACAAACAAAUUUGUAAAUGCUGUAGUGACAACUACUUUAAACGCCGUCCGUGCUUCUCUGAGUUAGGUGUUGAUCCAGAAUUUCAUCCUGUCGCAUUUGAUCCUGCGUUGUUCACCUUCCAUGGAGACUAUUGUGAUGCUAAAGAAGAAGAACAGCAAUCAAUGAAACAAGAGCUACUUGUCAAUUUGAUUAAACACAGACCCACCAUCUCAAACGAACAACUUGCAGUUGCUACUGUGGAUUUCGUUACUAUGGUAACAAAAUGUUGUGCAGUUGAAAACCAUGUCGAAUGUCUCACUGAAGAGAGGCCCAAAAUGAUUGAGCAUAUUAAGACUGCUCUUGGAGAGUAAUAAAACAUCUGAGCUCAGCAAAGGGAGAAUGCUGGAGAUAAAUUCCUAAUAAGCUAAUGCGCCCUCAGUUGCUUGCUGUCUUAUCACAUGCCAACUUUCCUAUUGAAAGGAAACAAGGAUUUGAUUCCUCUGUAACUUUCACGUCCCACGACAGUGUUACUAUCAAAAAUGAAUAAAAUCUUUAAACAAAA